UACAGAGUCAGAAGGCGAGACCGGGUGGGAUUCCCUAAAGUAUACAGAUUCGAGAAUACUACAGUAGCGACUACGUCUGCGACAUCGUCAGUAUCAGAAUCUACCCUCUCGCAGACUCUUGACGAGACGCCGACGUCGUCUUCGUCUCUAUCAUCCUCUACGUCCCCACUAAUACGCACUCUCACUUCUAUACCCUCAACCUUUAUCCUUUCCAGUACGGACGCUCCCUCAUCCUCGACUGAAUCCGCCCCUGCGGCUUCGAUCUCUCAGUCGUCAUCACUGCAAGAGGGUAAUACGAUUCCCCAAGUCAGCAUCUUCCCCUCCUCCACUGUGCAGGUUCAGCCAACACCUCCCACCAAUGCGGCCAUGACAACGGCAAGCACAGACGUUACGUCACCCAGCGCGACGAUCACUUCGUCCACGUCCUCCGUUCGGCCCAUCCUCUCGAGUUCUCUAUCCCUUCCGCUCUCGUCGCCGUCAUCCUCGGCAAUUUCUAGCGCCGGUUCUCUGUCCCAGUCUACCUCCGUACAGAGUUCUCCAAACAGCCUGACUUCAGCGCCUUCGGAGACGCGGUCCGCCACCAGCGCAUCGAGAGUGACGGUGGAUACGAGUAGUUCCUCCGCCUCCGAGCCUACCGCGUCGACUGCGACUUUGAGCACCUCACCACUGCCUUCCCUAUCUACUAGCGCAAGACCGGACACCGGCUCGGCUAGUUUGGCUACUUCGACUCGUGAGGCAGCAACUCCGUCAAUUACAGAUGCACCGACAUCUAUCAAGAAGUCAUCGUACGUGUCCCGCUCGGUAUCGGCGACGGGGACAUUGAACGACGCAAUCCCGACGCUUAUAACCUCCAUUCCCGCCUCGACGGGUACAGUCACCCCCGAAGUCCUGGCCAAGAACCUGGCUGAUGCGAAGCGCUACAACGAAAUCUUCGCUGGGUUGACGGAGCAAUCCGCGUGCGUACCCGGCCAGGUUGCUUGCAUCAAUGGGAACAUCGGGAGAUGCUCCAGUGCGGGCACAUUCGAUAUCACUCCUUGCGCAGGCGCAUUGGCCUGCCAAGCCCUGCCAAUGCGCACGGUUGCUGGUGUUGAGCUCGGGUGCUGGGACGAAGAUACCAUUCGCAAAUCGCUGGGUGGUAGCGCGUCGUCGGUAGGGAGCUCGGCUCCCGCUAGCUCGUCCACGGCCGACGGUAGCGUGGUUACGCUAACGAUCACGCCGACCGUCACAGCGACGGGGCAAACCACGGUGACGGCUAGUUCGGCUCGACAGAGCCCUCCCUCGGCGCCCGCCGAGUCCUCGCGCACUUCGACGGCUGGAGAGAAGACGGUAACGGUAACCUUUACACCCACGACAUUCAACACGGUGACCCGAUCGACCUCGGUCUCGCCGCCUCAGGUAAUUACGAAGACUGUCACUGUAACACCCACUCCCUCGGAGUUCGUGACGGCGUCGUCGUCCACCCAAAGUCCACCGUCGUCUUCCGCUACUUCUAAAGCUUCUUCGCCUACCACCCUGUCGCCCAUUGCGACUUCGCCCGCCGCCCCGCCGAGCACUGUCACUGCACCCGCUUCCCCACCCACCACUGCUACCUCAUCCACCGAACCGCCUCCACCACCCCCUACAAGUUCGCCGACCCGAACCUUCACCAUCCCGACCGAUUCGGGUCUCCAUGUCAUCCCGAUUGAGACAGACAGCCCCUUCUUCGACAGCCCCUUCGGAGGUUUCUUCGGACCCGGGCGGGGCCACGGGAUACCCGGCCGCGGCAGCCUCGUGGUGCCGGGCGCCAAGCAAGUGGAGCCCCCGGCGACAGUGAAGGUUACGGAGAAGGAGAUGGUGACGACGACGGCUACGGUCAGGGAUUAAGUAGGC